UGUGUAGUUAGCUAACUACUAGCUAGCUAACCACUUAGCCGGUAAGCUGUUCUGUAUGAGUUGAACAUAAGCUGCGCAUUUAUUUAAAGAAACAAGCAGAUUGUCCGUAUCCGUGGUCUCGUACUAGCUAGAUCUUGUGCAGCAUAAUGCCAGUACAUUCCAGAGAAAAGAAGGAAAGCAACCACGAGGAAAUGGAGGUCGAUUACCCUGAGCAAGACGCCAGCAGCACCGACGAAGAUGACACAGUCAGUUCGUCUGUGUCUGAAGAUGGAGAUAGCUCCGAGAUGGAUGACGAAGAUUGCGAAAGGAGGCGAAUGGAAUGUCUGGACGAGAUGACCACCCUGGAGAAACAGUUCACUGACUUGAAAGAGCAGCUGUACAAGGAAAGACUGAACCAGGUGGACUUAAAGCUACAGGAGGUCAUAUCUGGUUGUGCUCAGGAGUAUCUGGACCCUCUGGCCAACCUACAGGAAAACAUGCAGAUCAGGACUAAAGUAGCAGGAAUUUACCGUGAGCUGUGUUUGGAGUCGGUGAAGAACAAGUACGACUGUGAGAUCCAGGCUGCCUGCCAGCACUGGGAGAGUGAGAAGCUACUUCUGUUUGAUACCGUUCAAAGUGAACUGGAGGAGAAGAUCCGACGUCUGGAGGAAGAUAGACACAGCAUUGACAUCACCUCAGAAUUGUGGAAUGAUGGUUUGCACUCCAAGAAGAAUAAAAAGAAGGAUCCAUUCUGUCCUGUCAAGAAGAACAAGCCUGUGGCCGUCUCAGGUCCAUAUAUUGUUUACAUGCUACAAGACCUGGAUAUACUUGAGGACUGGACCGCCAUAAGAAAGGCAAUGGCAUCACUGGGGCCCCACAGAGUCAAGGUGGAUGUGCCCACCAAGCCAGAGCGACAUCACCAUGUGGCACGGUCUGAGGAUGGGAGGCUGUUCUACGACAGCCAGUGGUUCAGCAGAGGACAGGUCAUCUGCAUCCACAGGAAGGACGGAUACCCCACCAGUGCCAUCAUCACCACGAUCAACCAGGAAGAGGUGUGGUUCAAGCGGCUGGAUGGCACCAAGUCCAAGCUCUACAUCUCCCAGCUGCAGAAAGGCAAAUACACCGUGAAGCACUCCUAAAGUCCCCCAGGUCACCCUGCCCUCACACGGCCCUCUGGGAGAGGGGGGGGGAGGGGGUGGCUCUCUGACACCCAACGAGGCGGAUCCCUUCCUCCCGCUCCCCUAACUGGAAAACCUCCUAUAGUCUCCUUUUUAAAAUAUGUAUCUACUGUAUGUUGAUGUUCCUCGAUGCCACCAAGUGUCAUUCUGUGAACUGGAGAUCCCAUGCUGCUAAAAAGGGAGGGUGGCCGUGAACUGACCUGUGCAAUGACCAGUGGGCGCUGUGUGCCUUUCUAACAAGAUGGUGCCUAAGUCUUGAAUAUAGUCCUGUAGACGUGGUGAAGCCUUCCUGGCAUUAGGGGAGGGUCAUCGCUGACAGGAUGAUAAUCACUGAAUAGGUUGAUACAUGGAAUCGACUCUAUGGCUUAGUGUAAAAACGGGUAUGUUAAAUUUAGGUCAACGAGUGCAAUAGGAGAAUUAAAGUCUCCUUAUCAACUAUUUUAUUCUACAAAGGCAAACCCUCUUCCACGGAGGUGACCCGAAUAUGGAGGAGUUUACUUCACUGUGAGCUUGAUAUACUUCUACUGUUGGCCUGCUGUUGUUGCCAUGCAUGUGUGCCAUCUGCCUUUCAUCUUCUCACGAUGACCCCCGUGUAAACACGACGCUUACGAAAGCCCAAUGUACUCAUAGCUGGCUGUACACAUAGAUCCCUUCCACCCUUCUCUACCUCCCUCCCUCUUCCCCAUACUCCCCUCCAUUCCCUCCCCCUUCCUUUACUUGCCUCCCUCUUCACCUCCCUCUCUCCCUUCGACACCUGGCCUAAGUGGUAGUCCAGGUGUCCAGAAUAGAUACUAGUUAUCAUGUGUUCUCAUCAGUAUAAUGAGUUCAGUUUUGUACAGUGAGUUUGAGUGUUAUCUUCUAAUGUUACGAUCAGUGAUGACUCUGGUCGGAAAGCUGACCGGUCCAUGCUGUCAUGGGCACAUGUGAUUGCUUGAUUGUGUGUGUGUGUAAGAAUUAUAGGUUUGAAGAGACAGAUUUAUCUCUACCUGUAUAAAAAGAAAAGAAACUGACAACAGUAUUGUACUCAGAAGUGAUGUAGAAUAUUUAGAUUUAGGCUGUAUAAAGAUUUACUUUUGCAAUACCAUCAAUAUGUUACAAAAGUAGGUUUUAAAUUUUUUAAGUAGAAAAUAGACUGUCACUACCUUGCAUCAUCCAAAACCUAAAUCCUAUUUUCAGAAUGUGCUAAAUGUUGAAAACGAAUGCAGCUUGUAUGACCUUAUUGUGCCAAUGCAUGUACAGCAAAUAAAUUAUUUCAUUUUGUA